AUGACUACUAAAGCAUGGUGUUAUAAUUGUGAAAAGAGUAUAGUUCCUACAGAUGCUGGUCUUUGCCCUAUAUGUAACACAGAUUUCAUUGAGUAUGGAGAUUCAGAGUUUAAUGCAGAUCCUCAACCAGCUCCAGCUCAGCCAGCACCAAGUAGACCAAAUCCCCACCCAAGAAGAGUUGUCCGCAGAGUCAUUGUUUCACCAUUUAAUUUCUUCGGCGGCUUACCAGGAAUGGGAGGAAAUGGAAAUCAGCCAAAUGGAUUAGCAGAUAUGUUUAAUAACAUCCUUGAAGGUAUAUUUGGCCGCAUCGGAGGAGAUAACCAGAACGGUGAUGGCCGACAAAUGGGAGAUUUCUUCUUUGGAAAUGAAGAACAAUGGCAAGCUCUCGCUGACAGACUAUUCAGACUUAACCAACAAUCUCUCGGUUCCCCACCUACAGCAGACGAUUUCUUGUCUUCUGACUCAAUGAAACCAGUCAAAUACACUCCUGGCUGCUGCGCUGAAAAUGUAUGCUCAAUUUGUCUAGAAGAGUUCAAUGAAAACGAUGAAGUAGUUAUUUUGCCUUGCAAACAUGGUUUUCAUGAGCCAUGUUUGCAGCCAUGGUUAAAAAUGCACAGCGAAUGCCCAAGCUGCCGUCACAAGCUUCCUACAAAGGAUUAG